AUGGCGCUCCUCCUCCUCUUGCUCUUCCUCCAAGCUCCCUUCUAUGCUCAAGCACAGAAAAACAUCACAUUAGGAUCCAUUUUGACUAUUCAAGGCCCAAACACCUCAUGGGUUUCACCCUCUGGUGAAUUUGCAUUCGGCUUCCGGCCCCUCGACACCAAUACCUCUGUCUACUUCCUUGCCAUCUGGUUCAACAAUAUUGCCACCAAAACAGUUGCUUGGUGUGCCAAAACCGACAAACCAGUGUCAGUGCCAUCUGGCUCCCAACUGCAGCUCACACAUGGUGGCGUGCUUUCGCUUCAGGACCCUGCCGGUAUGGAGAUAUGGAAUCCCCGGGUGACCAACAUCAACCAUGCCAGCAUGCUCGACACAGGCAAUUUCGUGCUAUAUGGCAAAGAUGGCUCCAUCAAAUGGGAGAGCUUUGCAUCCCCAACUGACACCAUCCUACCCUCCCAGGUGCUGGUCAAAGGGACUGUUCUCCGCAGUAGGUUAAUGGAGAACGACUACUCAGAUGGACGGUUUGUCCUCAGUGUGCAGGUUGAUGGCAACCUAAGGUUUUACACUGUGGCCGUCCUCGCCAGUUCCCUCUAUGAUCCUCCAUAUUGGGAUUCCAAGACAGGUGGGAAUGGCUCAAGCCUCGUGUUCAACACAAGUGGCGGCAUCUACUACACUUCAAAUUCUGGAGAACAACUAAAGAUCACAUCAGCAACACUGGACUCACCGGCGGAUUUCUACCAUCGUGCCACACUUGACACAGAUGGCGUGUUCCGGCAAUACGUAUACCCCAGGAAGGCAGCACAGAGCAAUGGGUGGAACAUGCAGUGGAGAAUUAUUGACUUACUCCCACGGGACUUCUGUAAGGUUGUCGCAGGAGAGAUUGGAAGUGGUGCUUGUGGGUUCAACAGCUAUUGCAGCUUCAACAUAAACAAGAGUGUGGACUGCCAGUGCCCACCGAGCUACUCAUUCAUCGAUAAUGAGAGGAGGUACAAAGGUUGCAAGCAAGACUUCGCUCCGCAUAGCUGUGACUUGGAUGAGGCUGAAUCUAUUCAGCAAUUCCAUCUAGUUCCAAUGAACAAUAUCAAUUGGCCUUUUAGUGACUAUGAGCGGUACAACCCCAUUGGUGAGGAUUCUUGCCAAAAACUUUGCUUAACCGAUUGUUUUUGUGUUGCUGCGGUGCACUAUGGCAGUACUUGCUGGAAAAAGAGGAGCCCCUUGUCCAAUGGAAUAUCUGGUGACAUAGUGGGAUCGGUUUUUCUCAAAGUUCCCAGGACCGAAAAUCCAGGGUCCCAGUUUAGCAGUGACUCCAGUACAUGGAAAAAAGAGAGGAGAUAUUGGAUACUAGGAAGUUCACUAGUCCUAGGAGGAUCUGUCCUUGUUAUUAUUUUCCUCAUCUCCCUUCUCUGUUUUGGAUCUUACUGCACCAUUAGCAGAAAGAAGACAGCCCAGCCACAAUCAAUGAGUUACGAGGCAUUGCCUCUUAGAGAAUUCACAUAUAAGGAGAUUGAGAAGGCGACAGAUGGAUUUCGUGAAGAGCUUGGUAGUGGUGCAUCUGGUAUUGUAUACAAGGGGCAGUUGCAAGAUGAGUUUAGGACUAGCAUUGCAGUCAAGAGGAUUGACAAGAUGCUCCCAGAGACUGAAAAGGAGUUUGCCAUUGAGGUUCAAACCAUCGGAAGGACAUUCCACAGGAAUUUGGUACGGUUGCUCGGUUUCUGUGGUGAAGGAAGAGAGAGGCUUCUAGUGUAUGAGUUGAUGACCAAUGGCUCACUUAAUGGAUUCCUUUUUUGCGGUACGAGGCCAACCUGGAAUCUCCGUGUUCAAGUCGCACUUGGGGUCGCAAGAGGCCUGCUCUACUUACAUGAGGAAUGCAACACUCAAAUAAUCCACUGUGAUAUAAAGCCCCAAAACAUCCUUCUUGAUGAAAAUCUCGUGGCAAAGAUCUCAGACUUUGGCCUGGCAAAGUUGCUCAGGACAAAUCAGACACAAACAAACACUGGGAUCCGGGGAACUCGAGGGUAUGUCGCACCCGAGUGGUUCAAAAACAUAGGGAUCACAUCCAAGGUAGACAUUUAUAGUUUUGGGGUGAUCUUGCUGGAGACUGUGUGCUGUAGACGGAAUGUGGAGCUAGAGACUGAUGACGAAGAGCAAGCGAUACUGACUUAUUGGGCGAAUGACUGCUACAGAAGCGGCAGGCUUGACUUGUUAGUCGAGGGUGAUGAUGAAGCAAUCUUCAAUAUGAAGAAGGUGGAACGAUUUGUGGCCGUGGCGUUAUGGUGUCUCCAAGAGGAGCCGACAAUGCGGCCUACCAUGCUGAAGGUGACACAGAUGCUUGAUGGAUCCGUCACAAUCCCCACACCUCCUGACCCGUCUUCUUUCAUCAGUUCACUCCAAUAG